GGCCUUUUUUGCCAUGGUAUCCAUCGCCAGCAACUCGCUGGUUAUUCACGUGGUCAGGGUCAAUCCACACAUGCACAGUACCACUAACUACUUCAUAGUGAACAUGUCUGCUGCGGAUCUACUGGCCACAGUUUUUACAUCAUCAAAUGCGAUGAAGACGUUGCAAUCUGGCUUUCGUUGGAGUUCGGGAGUAAUCGGAGUCGUAUCAUGUAAAGGAAAUCUUUUUUUAAUGACCACUUGCCUCAUGUGCUCUAUAUUCAGCCUGGUUGCAAUCACGUUUGACCGGUUUAUGGCCGUUAUCCGUCCAAUCACGUACAAGUAUUGUUCAUGGUGGGCCAAGUACAUCAUACCAGCUGUGUGGAUAGCAUCGCUGGCGAUAUCAUUUCCACUGGCUUUCCUUAAAAUGCAAGUAGGAGAUGACUUUCUUGCAAAUAACAAAACAUAUUGCUUCAUGGAAGAUGCUGCUGAUGAAGGCAUAGCUGUCAUAGUCCUCGGAUUCAUUGCACCACACGUUGUCAUGGUAAUCAUGUACUCAAUGAUCUCGUACAAACUCUGGAAAAGACGACUUCCUGGUGAGCAGCGUGACGAUCAAAGAAACAAUGUGGCUCAAACUGCAAAGAAAGUCACUCGCAUGAUGGUCUGUGUUGUACUUGUUUUUGACAUCUGCAUGGCGCCAUUAUUUACAGUGUUUACCCUACCUUUCUUAUUUAACAACAAGAGCUGGAUGCAUACCUCUUACACUUCGACAUUAUCCAGUUUGUUUACAACUUCUAAUGGCUUCCUUAAUGCCUUGGUUUAUGCUUUCUUUAAUGAGAACUACAGACGUGCCUUUUGUGAUACUUUGGGCCUUCUGAAAAUAAGAAACUGGCUGGGAAGAAAAACUGAAAGGAUAAGAAACUUUGUUAGUAAAAGAAAUAGAACCGCAAACUUUACGGUUAAUACUCAACCCGACUAGCUGGGUUGAACUUUGGAUGAUAUAUAAUGGACAAACUGAAGGGUUGAAGGGGAGAGAAGAAAGAGAGAUAGCCAUCAA